AGGAUGAUGUCCUACGGAGAGAGGCUGGGUGGCCCUGCUGUCUCUCCACUCCCAGUCCGCAGGGGGCACAUGAUGCAUGGGGCGACCUUUGCCUAUGUGCCCAGCCCUCAGGUCCUGCACAGGAUCCCAGGGACCUCCACCUAUGCCUUCCCCAGCCUGGGCUCUGUGGCCCUCACCGAGCACAGCUGCCCCUUUGGGGAGGUUCUGGAGCUCCAUGACCCGCUGCCUGCCAAGCUGACCCCAGAGGAGGAGCAGAAGCCAGAGCCAAGGCUGGCCCAGAAGCUGCGCCGGGCUGGUGUGAUGCUCCUCAAGGUGCCACUGAUACUCACUUUCCUCUACCUCUUUGUCUGCUCCCUGGACGUGCUCAGUUCAGCCUUCCAGCUGGCUGGAGGAAAGGUGGCUGGCGAUAUCUUCAAAGACAAUGCCAUCCUGUCCAACCCAGUGGCAGGGCUGGUGGUGGGCAUCCUGGUGACCGUGCUGGUACAGAGCUCCAGCACCUCCACAUCCAUCAUUGUCAGCAUGGUCUCCUCUGGCUUGUUGGAGGUGAGCUCUGCCAUCCCCAUCAUCAUGGGAUCCAACAUUGGUACCUCCGUCACCAACACCAUUGUGGCCCUGAUGCAGGCAGGGGACAGGACUGACUUCCGGCGGGCCUUCGCGGGGGCCACUGUGCACGACUGCUUUAACUGGCUGUCAGUUCUGGUCCUGCUGCCCUUGGAGGCUGCCACUGGGUACCUGUACCAUGUCGCUCGACUUGUGGUGGCCUCCUUCAACAUCCGAGGUGGCCAAGAUGCCCCUGACCUGCUUAAGAUCAUUACGGAGCCCUUCACUAAGCUCAUCAUCCAGUUGGACAAGUCCGUGAUUACUGGCAUUGCCAUGGGUGACGAGUCCCUGAGGAACCACAGUCUCAUCAGGACCUGGUGCCACCCAGACCCCAUGGAGGCCCCCACCCCCAUGCCCAGGGCAGAGGCCAACAUCAGCCGGACCCUCAGAAAUGCCACCAUGAAGAAAUGCAACCACAUCUUCGUGGACACAGGGCUGCCUGACCUGGCUGUGGGGCUCAUCCUUCUGGCUGGCUCCUUGGUGCUCCUGUGUACUUGCCUCAUCCUCCUCGUCAAGAUGCUCAACUCUCUGCUCAAGGGCCAGGUGGCCAAGGUCAUUCAGAACGUUAUCAACACUGACUUCCCCGCCCCCUUCACCUGGGCCACAGGCUAUUUUGCCAUGAUGGUGGGCGCCAGCAUGACAUUCAUUGUCCAGAGCAGUUCGGUGUUCACCUCAGCCAUCACCCCACUCAUCGGCCUGGGUGUGAUCAGCAUUGAGCGCGCCUACCCCCUCACGCUGGGCUCCAACAUUGGCACCACCACCACAGCCAUCCUGGCUGCACUGGCCAGCCCCCGGGAGAAGCUGUCCAGUGCCUUCCAGAUCGCCCUCUGCCACUUCUUCUUCAACAUCUCAGGCAUCCUGCUGUGGUACCCAGUGCCCUGCAUGCGCCUGCCCAUUCGCAUGGCCAAGACAUUAGGCAAACGCACUGCCAAGUACCGCUGGUUUGCCGUCCUCUACCUUCUGCUGUGCUUUCUGUUGCUGCCCUCAUUGGUGUUUGGCAUCUCCAUGGCAGGCUGGCGAGCCAUGGUAGGUGUGGGCGCACCCUUUGCGGCCCUGCUGGCCUUCGUGGUGCUCAUCAGCAUCCUGCAGAGUCGCAGCCCCAGGCACCUGCCCAAGUGGCUGCAGACUUGGGAUUUCCUGCCCCGAUGGAUGCACUCCCUACAGCCCCUGGACUGGCUCAUCACCCGCGCCACCCUGUGCUGUGCCAGGCCUGAGCCCCGCUCACCCCCACUGCCCCCCAGGGUCUUCCUGGAAGAGUUGCCCCCUGCCACACCCUCUCCCCGUCUUGCCCUGCCUGCUCACCACAAUGCCACCCGCCUCUAG